CUCUAGAGGAUAAACAGGUGUAGGCUUUUUGGGCAGGGUCCAGUAUUCUGUAGGCAUCUUCCAGCUCCCUCUCCGCCAUCAGCUGUUUAAGCAUGAGCUUGUCCGGGCCCAGUUCUGGCAGCGACGAAAAGCCCAGAUACUCCCUUUGGGAGUUGGACCUACGGUCCAUUGCCGGGUCCAGGGUAGUGUUGAAGUCCCCUAUCAUAAUGGCAGGGGCAUCCUUCGCGGCGGAAGAGGGGGAGGCGGGCUAUCUUUGUGCAGUUCUGGCGGCACUGGCAUUGCCAGUUGAAUAUCCAUAUCAGUCGGCGACUGCUGCUGUUGGCCUUCGGUCCCAUCAGGGGCCGAGGUGUCCAUGUCGUGAGCCUGGCCAUCUUCAAUGUGAGGGCUCUUCUCCCUCGCACACCUCAGCACCUGUUGCUCCUGAAUUUGUGGCAUGUGUUCUUGUAGAGCGGCUUGCUGUUGCUAAUAUAUUUGUAGCUGCUCCUGCUGUUGCUGCAGGACUUGCUGUUGUUGACAGCACAACUGUUGUUGCCACUGCAAGUGCUGUUGGAGGAGCUGUUGCUCUUGUAUCAUCCUCUGUUGGUAUUGUUGUUGAUGGUACUGUGCGAGUUGAGUUCGCAGCAGGAGGUGGUAUUGUUCCUCGUAGUCUCUCUGUUGCAUGGCCUGUUGUUGUUGAAGGUGGUGAGCUUGUUGCGCCGCUUGGUGCAGCACUUGGAUUUGCGCAUGGUGUAAGCUUUGCUGGUCUUGGCUUUGGGGUUGCCUCUGCCCUGCCAGCUGCUGUUGUUCGUGUUGCCAUACUUGCUGUUGCUGCUCAAGUUGCAGCGUGUGUAAUUGCUGUUGGCCAAGUAGGGGCAUUUUCGGUUGUGGUUGUUGGUCUCCCUGGUGUGCCGGCAGUUGGUAUGUAUGGUGAGAACGGUCUUCUAGCUGCUGUGGACCAUCCACUCGGCAGUCCUCGAGAGGCUGGGCCAUAUCCCGUUGUAGCUGUUGCUCAGCCUGGUGUGUCGACAGUUGGUGUGUUUGGUGAGGGCGAUCUUCCAGAUGCUGUGCAUCAUCCAUGCGGUGGUCCUGAAAAGGCUCCUGGGACGGCAGCAGUUGUAGCUGUUGCUCACCCUGAUGUGUCAACAGUUGGUGUGUUUGGUAAGGGCGCUCUUCCAGCUGUGCAUCAUCCAUGCGGUGGUCCUGAAGAGGCUCCUGGGACGCCAGCGGUUGUUGUCUUCGCUGUUGUUCCAAGUGUGACGGGUCAGGGGGCUCUGGCAGGGCAGGCCCUUGCGGGAACAACAGUUGUUGUUCCAUUCCGUCCACAGGCUGGUGAGGUUGCAGGUGGGCAGCUGUCUCAGUGUGCCCCUUUAGUCGGGCAUGAUCCAGGGAGUGUUGUUCCUCCGUCGCGGGUAAGCCAGGGUGGGUGUAGAGAGGAAAUGGAGGUGCAGGAGUUGGAGGAGAGGGUGAUUGUCCCCUCCAUACCAACGGAUCCCCACGUGCAAUGGCUAUCUAACAUGGACCAGGUAAUUCAACGUUCUAUUGUCAUGAUCGCUUACUGUUACCAAGGUCCAGAUGCAGCGAAGAUGGUGGAUGUAGAUCGUCUAGCAACAUCCCUAUCGGAGACACUCACUCUCUAUCCUGUCCUAGCGGGACGCUUGAGGAUGAAAGAAAAGGGUGCACUUGAGGUCGAGUGUAACGACGCUGGAGCUCUUCUAGUGCUGGCUAUGGCGGACGGCAGGCUGGACGAACCCAGCAGCGGUCUUUCUUGUCACCCCCAUCCCAUCUCCUUUCCGAUAGACUUAAGCUGGACCGCUUCAGCUGUGGCCACAAGUGCAAAAGGGCGGGAAGAUCGUGUGGGGAGGGCAAUCAACAGGGAGGAGUUUAUAUUAUCAGUAAAGGUGACAUCUUUCCGAUGUGGAGGGGUCAGCAUCGUGCCGGGUAUGCAUCAUGCCAUAGCCGAUGGGCUUGCCAUGGCUGAGUUCAUGAACACGUGGGCGGAAAUCAUGCGGCGAGGGAUCGAGUCCUCUCAGAAGGGACGUUGUUUGACCGACUCUCCCGCCAAGGUGACUUUGCCUCCGAUCCACGAUCGCUAUGAUCUUCUUAAGCCCCGCGAGCCGCCAAGAGUCCUGCGUCCUCCUGAAGGGCUAAUCCUUGCCCCGCCUUCAAAGGCCCCUCCCGCUCCCGAUCCCGACACCGCCAAACCAGGAUCUGAAGGGGACUUGCAGUCGGGAUCGGAGGCGGCGGCGCCCAAAGGAGUCCCCAGUCCACCGGGACUCCCUGACCUGUCGAUGCAGAUGUGGUAUUUCGCCGACGAAGAGUUGGCCGCUCUCAAACGGAGGGCAGAGGAGGACAUAACGGCAAUUACACCAUUCGAGCCAGCGCACAAAGGUGCUGGCGAUGGUGGCCAUGGUGGUGGUGAUGGUCUUGGUGCCGAAGGCGAUACCAGAGUUGACGUCAAUUCUAUUUUUCCUAUCGACCCAGCAGCUCAGCGAUUCACUACGAACGAUGUCCUGAUGGCUCAUCUGUGGAAAUGCGUCACUCGGGCAAGAGGCCUCCACGUGUCCAAAGCAGACGAGAAAGAAGAAGAAGACGAAGGAGAGGGCUGUGCUGACGUGUCCAGCGCUUGCUCUGACACGUGGCAGUCCGGAGAAGAUGGCAAACUGGUCAGACUAGGUAUGGCGGUCGACGGUAGAAAGCGGUUGCGGCCUUGUCUUCCUGAAGGGUAUUUUGGCAACGUCAUCUUUCUGUCUUGCGCUUCUGCGCCUGCUGGCCAGCUAGUGUCGGAGUCGCUCGGGCGAACGGCCCAAAGAAUCCAUCGGUCCGUACAGGAGAUGGUCGACGAUAACCUUCGUGACACCAUUGAUUGGAUCGAGCAACAGGAUGAUCUGACGGCUAUCGUGCCCUCCUUCAGGCACUUUUUGGGACCGGACCUUGCCAGCACUAAUUGGUCCCAUUUUCCUGUCUACGACUGCGAUUUCGGGUGGGGACCACCACUCUUCGUCGGCCUCCCGCCGGAGAAAUUGGAUGGACUCGUCGUCAUCACUGCCGCGGGGAAGAAGAAGCAAGCAUCCGGCUAUGGCGGUGGCCGUCUGUUCGUGACACUUUUCCUGCGGACAGAGCACAUAAAUAACCUGAAAUCGGAUCCCGAUUUUAUCAAGUGCGAUAGUAAAAAAAAGGGGAAAAAAACAUGAAAGAAAAAAAAAGGAAAAAAAAAAAAAAAAAAAA